AUGAUAACAAUUUUGUUGUUUGGAUUUUUUGCCGCCUCUGCUGCUUCUCCAAGUUAGUUUGUUAUUACUCAUAAAGUAAAAAAAUAAAUUUUGUAAUUUUCAGCCGGUUACUGUCAAAAUGGUGAUGUUCUUGGUGGGCAAGACAAUCCGGCAAAUUAUUAUGUUUGCGAGAAUCAUCAAUGGGUUCUGAAAUCUUGUUUAAAAGGAUAUACAUUCAAUGUUUCUUCGAAAUCUUGUGUUGGAACUGAUCAAAUCUGUGAGCCUGGUCAAUUAAGAUCAUAUCCUCCUGAUGAUUCAAAAUUCGAAUAUUGUAUUGAUGGAUAUCAAUGGAUUAUUCUAUCGUGUCCAAAUGAUUAUAUUUUCAAUGGUUAUGAAUGUAUUGAUGUUGUAACUUCUACAACAACAACUCCGAAGCCAAAAAUUACAUCAACAUCGCAACCAAUAAAAACAAGUCCCCAACCAAUUCGAACAACUCGGCCAAGUCUUUUUUGCGAUUCCAGAGUAUGUUUUCAAGAAGGGCUCAGAAAUUUGAGAGUUACAAAAAUUUUCCAAAUCUCAAUACUUUCUUUUUUACAGAAUGGAUUGUACAAACCCGACCCAAAUGAUUGCACAAAGUUUUAUCAAUGCGAUAAAGGAUAUUGGGUUUUGAAGAGUUGUGGACCUGGAACAGCUUGGGAUAAUUUGAAUCAAGUUUGUAAUUAUUAUGAUUUAGUGUGUAGAUAG